AUGGCCCCCGUCCAGACCAGCAUUUCCACCCCCAUGCCCGCCGGCACCUCCGCCUCGGCCGUCAUCGCCGUCCUGCACGACCACGACCAGUACAUCAAGAUGGCGUGCCCGCAGCACAUCUCCUACAAGCUGGUCUCGGGGACACCCGGCGCCGGCCUCGACGCCGCCUGCGUCUACGAGGUGACGGACAAGAAGCCCAUCGGCCAGACCACGUACCCCAUGACGCUGACCAACCGGGCGGGCGGCAUCGACGCCUUCAUCGACGGCAAGGCCCCGACGGGGGCCAUCCGCCUCGAGAGCGCGUGGCGCGUUGUCGGCGACAAGAUCGAGGAGACCGUCACCAUCGACUCCAACAUGCUCAUGAACAAGAUGAUCAAAUCCAACGUCGAGAAGAGCCACCCGGCGCAGCACCAGGGCCUCAUCCAGGCUGUCAGGGCUUGA